AUGAGUACCACACACAAAUCCAGUAAGACGCUCAAGGUGAAGCGUGAGCCGGGGGCCAAUGGCACAUACCUGUGUGACGACGAGCUGGUCACCAUGACGGUGCGCGAGCUGAACCAGCACCUGCGCGGCCUGACCAAGGAUGAGAUCGUGCAGCUCAAGCAGCGUCGGCGCACGCUCAAGAACCGCGGCUAUGCCGCCAGCUGCCGCAUCAAGCGCGUCACGCAGCGGCAGGAGCUGGAGCGCCAGCGCGAGCAGCUGCAGCAGGAGGUCGCCAAGCUCGCCACCGAGAACGCCGGCAUGCGGCUCGAACUCGACGUGCUGCGCUCCAAACUCGAGGCCCUGCAGACGUUCGCCCGCGCCGUGGCCCGCACGCCACUCGGGGUGGCAGGGGUGGGUGGUGCGGUGGGGGUUGGUGGUGGUGGUGGUGGACCACGUCAUGUGAUCGCGGCGUCGGGGAAGGUGGCAGCCACCAGCGUCAUCACCAUCAUCAAGUCCAAAGUGGAGACCAGGUCAUAACCAGGGGAGACGCCACGCCGCGCCGGGGGUCAAGAAGGUCAAGAAGAUGGAGGCUGUCAUAGUGAUUAUCAUCGUCAU